CUCUGUGCUUUAUAGAUGCAUAUAAUCCCUGAGUUGACCCAGAAAACAAACUCCUCUGACUGCCGAGACGCCGCAGAGUUUGAAUCCGCCGCAGGGCUGCAUGUAGCCGGAGCAUCAGCUGGAGAAACAACCCCGGCGCCGAUCCAACUUCUCCCCACGGAUUCCACAUUAAUACAUCGGGGUGACAGAGCAGCCAUGGCUGAACACAUGAUGAUGCCCAUGACCCACGGCUUCAGGAUGGGCAUGAACGGACCUCCGCAGCACAACGGCCAGCCCGGUCUGCGCAGUCUGCCCAACGGCCAGGUGAUGCACUACGGCAGGAACCCUCAGAACAACAUGGAGGCUGCCAUGAGACAGCGGACGGGCAUGGUGGGACCCGGCGGGAUGGCCGGCCCCGUGAACGGAGCUCCCAUGGCCAACCACCACCACCAGAUGAUGUCUGGGAACAUGAUGUACAAUGGCCAGGGUCCGCAGCAGCAGCAGCAGCACCACCACAUGCACCCCCAGCAGCAGCAGCAGCAACAGCAGCAGCAGCAGGGUGGACACCCGCAGCAGUACCUCCCUGGUAACCUCACCUCUCAGCAGCUCAUGGCCAGCAUGCACCUGCAAAAACUCAACACUCAGUACCACGGACACCCGCUGGGCUCAGCCACUGGCCACCACCUGCCCAGCAGCGCUCAGUACCGGGUGGGUCCGGCCCAGCUAUCAGGCAUGCAGCACAUUGGAGGCCCUCUGGGGCUAAACGGCAUGGACAUGGAUCUGAUCGACGAGGAGGUUCUGACUUCACUGGUGCUGGAGUUUGGGUUGGAUCGCGUUCAGGAGCUGCCCGAACUCUUCCUGGGACAGAACGAGUUUGAUUUCAUAUCGGACUUCGUGUGCAAACAGCAGCCGAGCACCGUGAGCUGUUGAGCGAAGAGUCCGGGAGCUGGUUUGGUUUGUUUGGACUGGACACUCCAAAGAAUGACUGAGCGGUCACAGUAGCACAGCAAGAGGAGACAAUCUCUCUGUUCUGUUUGGGUGUUUCUGUGUCUGUGUAUUUGACAGUGUCUAGUAUGCCCUCACACUGACCUGCCUGCGACUUGAUGAAGAAAUGUACUGAGAGAAAAUGCAGCGAAGGCACCGGGUUUCUCUUCUUUGAGCUGGUGCCAGUAAGAUCUGUUGUCUUUGGCCAAAUUGAGGCAUCCUGAUGCAGCAGGCUCUGUCUGUACCCAUCUGGCCCUCAGCACAUGUGCCUGCAGUGCCAAGGCUUUGGGAUAAUUGUAAACUUAAACACAACGAGGGAACGCCUAAAAAUACUGUCCAUCUGGGUCUGCUAGAUUCUGUGGCGUCUCUAAAUGUACUUUAUCUCUGAUGACACCUUCAAAUAGUAGCAGACAUUUUACAAAUUUAUAAAAGGAAGUCCUCUGAAUUUGUUUAUACAAGGAUGAAGGGAUUAAGGACAGAUUUUUUCUGACAAUUUGCGCGCAUAUUGAAGGCUGGCUCUUCAAAUCUCAUUUCCUACAAUAUAUUACACAUUUCCUUGAAGAGCAGGAGAGUGAGGUUGUGCAGCAUUCCUGGGUGACGUGACGGGGUUUAUCUCGGCUUGGUCUGGUGAAAUGUGCAACACUGAUUCUUUAGCUUCAGUGUCAUUCACCUGACUCUGAUACAAUCUGCAAUCAUUAAAUGUGCCGCAUCUGUUCCCUGCUGAUUAAAUGUGAUCAAAUCAUUGGCAAAGUAGCACAUUGCUUUCAAGCGUUGGCUUAGACAAAGCAUUCGUCUGUGGAGAAUGGCUCGGACGUCUCUUUGCUCCAAGUCAGACUGUCAGCUGCUCAUUGCAAGCAAAUCUUCAGUUUCUGCUUCAUAGAACUGCGAGAAUUGUUCGGGAGGAAGGAACCUGCUAAGAUGUGAGAAACAACGGAGCUGAGGCCUGUUGCAAGACCCAAGAAAAGCCAAACAAAAAAAGCAGCCGUCAGAGGGCGAGCGUGUUGGUCGUGGAACUGAAGUGGUAUCUUUUAUUUUCUUUUAAAACAGGAUUGGUUUAAAAAAAAAAAAAAAAAAAAAAAAGCGCGCGUUUGCAGAAUUUGCAUCUGUGUGUUAUUUGUGUACAUCUGUGUGUGGUCAGUGCAGUGAGGCAUUUAAAACCGAUCGAAUGGCGCUCUCCUCCCUAAACUCCCGCCCGGAGUGCUGAAGGUGGUUGGAGGCUGCGCGGGGAGAGAGAUUUGGAUGUGUGGACACAAUGUGUGGACACAGCGGUCCCUGGCAGCACUUAGUUUAAUCAUUAUUUAAAGCUGCCGCUACCUGUGCCAUUGAUUUCAUUCGGCAGAAGGAGCGAGCGAGGAGCACGGAGAGUGCAAAGUUGUUGUUUUUGCCAUAGAUUAGCUUACUCUGCUGCUUUUCUACUGAUUAGAUUUAAAUUACAUGUUCUCACACGCUUGUCUUAAUUGAGGUCGGCUUGCACAUUCUCCAAUGUCUCAAUAAUUAUAAAACGGACAUGUUCUGUGGCUUUUUUUCUUCUCUUUUUUUGCGCAGUUUGUAAUUAGGUUUUUGUCAAGGUUGCUGUGUUGCUGCUGCGGGCUGUUUGAGGGAGAACUUCCUGCACUCGUAACGCUAUUUGUAGAGCCGUCGGAGGGGUCAGGGCUGCACUGCUGCACUGUGUUAAUCUGUUCCAAUACAACUGUGCCGCUGUCCCUGUCUCUCUGGAGAUCUGCCAUCUCCGAGCUCUUGAGUCAAACAAUGGGCAUUGAAACACUGUCAUAAAGGCAGAAAAGUGCCAGAGAGCUCCCGCUCUUUUUCACUUUCUGUCUGGCAAACUGCAGCGAGACAAACUCCCAACCUCACAGUUAAAAUGGAAAUACUUCUGGCCUUAGCGAGACAGUGGCCUCUGCUAUAUCAAUAAGCGCAGCCUUCUUGUGUAUUGUAUCUUUGUACUGUAGACUAGAGGUGAAGUUGAUCUAGACACAUUUAAGGUACUUUCAGAAAACAUUGUCAGAUGUAAAUGUAAAUCAGUGGCUGAUUUUGAUGUGUUGACAAAAGAUUAUAUCCUACAUUUUUGCAAACGAGUGUGUAGAUACAGUAUGAGUAUACCAAUGGUUUUUGGGUGCAGGGCCUGAAGCUUUAAGACCAAGUAGACUGCAUGUUAAAGCAAGCGUGAGGGAUGUCACCACUUUCCCACAAAGCAGCUGAGAAUGUACAGUACAACACAUAGUGGGAACUUGUCUUAAGAUGGUAGAUAAACGUGUGAGAUUGUACUCCUUGUUCCAAAAUUACACAUCAUUCAUUUGGGUAAACCCCCGCCCCUCCCUCCGACUCCUUUCCCCACUUCCCCAAAGCUUUUGUAUUGUUAUUGAUUCUAUUUUAAGAAAAUGUAUUUAUUUUCAAAUAAAAUAUUUAUUUAAAGAAA